AUGCCGACGACGACGAUGACGUCGUCUGAGGCAGCGAUGACGACGAUGACGUCAACUGCGGUGGCGAUGACGACGACAACAACGUCGAGUACAGCGGCGGUGACGACGACGAUGUCAUCUGCAGCGGCAGCGACGACGUCGACAGCGACGGCGAUGGCAGCCGAUACAGCGACGAUGUCGACGGCAGCAGCGGUGCCAUCGGCCACGAAUUUAAUAACUAUAAAUACUGCCGAUUUGCAAAAUAUAAUAUAUGCCGCUAUUGCGGGCAUGCGUACAAGAGGGAGAGGAAGAGGACGUGGAAGAGGACGAGGAAGAGGAAGAGCAGGAAAGGGUAGUGGUAGGGGUAGAGGCGGUGGUCGCGGGACAAUAAGAGGAGGGGGGAAGGGCAUACAAGUCCACAAUUAUUAUUAUAAUUAA